AGUCUUGGUGUGAUUCUUUACAUCCUCGUCUGUGGUUCCUUCCCCUUUCCUGGUGAAUCUCUUGGUGAUAUUCGUAGUCAGGUUCUUCGUGGUCUUGUCCGAUUUCCUUUCUUCCUCUCCUCUGCCUGUGAGCAAGUCAUUCGUGGGAUGCUGCAAGUGGAGCCAUCAAAACGCCUCCGACUUGCACAGGUAACGAAUACGCCAUGGAUGCAAGCUUCUCCCAACCUUGACCACUACACGAACCUUCUGACCCAAUACACCUCCAAAGCACGUCAACAACAAGCGGACUUGCUUCUUCAAAGACAAUUUCCUGAGCACAGUUCGGUGGUCUCUACUACUCGAUGCCAAAGGCGAAUGAAUAGCUUGGAUGGAGGUUUAGUUCGAGCUCUUGCUCUUGCUACUGGCGCCAAUGAGGAGGAGAUUCGACGAUCUACGGCCAAACGAAGUUUCGACAGAUUACAUGCAGGAUAUGCGCUGUUAGUGGAUAAGGUGAUGAGGUUCAUCGCAAAUCCAAGACUUCGAGAAGUGGUAGCAACGUGGAUUAGGAGCAGUGCGAUUGUCAUAUCAACGACUGGGUCGACGAGAGAAACACCGACGACCACGGCAACGCCUGUUUCUUCGGUGCCUACAGGGGUAGAAGAAGUCUCGCCAGCUGGGACUUUGCCUGCACCGAAAUUAGCGAGUUGGAGAGAAGUGGCGGAGGAAGAUGAGGAAGACGAAGAGGGCGCAACAGCAUUACUUGAGGUUCAACAAAGGUCAACGUUCGACGAGGAUGAGGAUGUAUCAAUUACGGCAUCUGCAGUUCAAAAUCUCUCAGUCAGCAAGAGGUGGGGGGCAGACAGUGCAGAAAUUGGCGGGAAGGACAAAAGUGUUGCGGAUAGUGUGGAGUCUGCCACAACCUUACAUUCGUCGACUUCGGAUUUGCUUAACUCAUGGGUGGAGGAUUUCCGGACUGACGAAAGUCAGCUGUUGGAGGAGAUCAGUGACAUAGAACCUGACUCCACCUCGAAGAAUAUUCGACGGCACACAAUUCAACUGCCAAGUCCAGCAAUUUUACACCAACUUCCUGAAGACUUGCAGACAUUUAAUGUGGAUCGUCAGCUAAAAGGUGACCAUCAGCAGUUGAAUCAGGAAGAAGAGGUGCCUCCAAAUUUGCCUAUGACAGGAGGAGGAGAGAUGGAGAGCAAAAAGACAGGCAAAAGGGGCUCAGGUGGAGGGAGGAUUCCUCGACAGACGACACAACCCGAAUUUGGAUGUUGGAAGACGGGACUUCAACGUGAAGCCCCAGGAAAUGUGGUUGGUGAGGUACGAAUUGGUAAUUAG